CUCCAGCUAAGAUGAAAGCAACUACUUUAACAGUUUUGGGGUCAAUCCUUGUAUUGUCAUUAUUAAAAAAUGUAACAUAUGCACAUACAGUGAGUUUGAACUUUCCGUCAAAGCCCGGUUUCCCAUCACAGGGUACAUUGAAUUGUAAUAAGGGUUAUCAUAUCGUGGUUAGAAAGGCUAUUUUAUUUCAUAACCGUAACAUGAGGAACGAAAAAGCAUCUUAUCGGCCAAAGAUGGCGUGUGAUUUGGAACAAACAUGCAACUUUGAACUUGUACGAGAACAAUAUAAUUAUCUGGUACCACCGCCGGCAGGAGAUUUAGAACUUACUAUUAAUUACGAUUGUAAACGAGAUAACUUUCAAGGUAAUCCAAGAAGAAUAACAGAUUAUGGAAAAACCGAAAUGUGUCCCCAAGACUCUUUUGUUCAGAAACACGUUGCUUAUUUUAACGAUGAUAGAAUCGCCUCUGAUUCACAACAGGCAAAAACGGAAAGGGAAUUGAUUGCCAUGAGCGUAUGUGCUCAAGUCAGACGUUUUAGGGAACGCAAUCCAAAUGCGCCAAUCGAUCCAUAUCUUGGCACAGUGUUUUUGAUACAUGAAAAAAAUUCACGUAACCCUAAUUUCAUGCCGAGUCCAGGUGAUAUCCGAAAAUGUCAACUUACGGCAAAUGCUCUUGCCCGUUCAUUUAGGUAUGAUUGUCGGAGAGACGCCAAUAAAUGGACAUGUAAUUCCAGUGGCAAGGGGAUGGAUGUGGCUAAACAUGACAAAUAUAAUAGCCAUUUAGGCUAGGAGCCCAGGCUCGAACCAAAACCGUAACCGUAAUCGAAACCGGACUCCUUGAUUGGAAAGUGAACACAUCACGAAACACAACACAUUACUAUAGUAUGGAUAAUUUUUUUUAUUAAAAACAAGCUCACAAUUCAAUAUUACAUAUAUACCAAGAAAAUUACAAUUCUUGAAUAGACAAGUAAUAAAUGUUUAAAAAUCAUUCAACCACA